AUGGCCUCUCCGCUACGCUUCAGCGUGGCGAGAGCGCAAAUCAUACCACUGCCGUCCACCGUACGAAGCGCCCUCUCCGCCCGCUCUCUGCCCCGACGAAACUUCUCAUCCACCGCCCACCGCCCGUCCGCCCUCCUCGACAUCGCCGUCGCAGGCCCGACUGCCAUCCUCGACGCCAUUCAUGGACUGGGCAUCCCCUGGUACGCUGCCAUCCCGUGCGCUGCUGUCCUGAUGCGAUGCACCGUUGGCUACUACUUGAGCGCACUUCCCGCACGGAAGAGAGCCAUAGUCCGCACGCAUCUCGCCCCUCUGGUCGCGAAUACCGUCAGGUAUCAAAUGGGACGCAAAAUUUUCGCGCUGCAAAAGCGGCUUGACGCUGAUGGGGGAAAUCGGCCAGUGACGAGCAAAAACUCCUUGCGCAUGCGGCACAUGGUAAAUGAAAUGGUGUGCCAGAUAACGGAGAGCUAUAGGUUCGGAAAACGCUACGGAGCUCCCAUCUUCACUGCAAGUUCUUUCCUCAAUUUUGGCAUGUUGAUCAUGUUCGCGGAAGCCAUACGCGUGAAGUGCGGUCACAGAGAAGGCUUGCUGAGCAUGAUCACGUCAAGAUUCGAGGGAGCAUUCCAAAGCCUGUUGAUGAAGCCUGCUUCGACCAACACCCCGCCAGCCCUCAGUUACGAAGAAGUCAUCGCCGAACGCAUGGAAGCUGCCCAAGCAGCCGCAGACGCCCAAGCAGAACUGUACGCUUCUGGCGCCGGUGACGUCCUGGUCGACCCCAAACUGCUCGAUCCAGCCUACCAUUUUGAAGCAUUGGGACAGACUGCAAAGACAUAUGCGGACAACCUUGACCCGACCAUGCUUAUUGAAGGGCUCUCCUGGGCGCAGAAUCUAGCUCUGCCAGAUCCGCAAUACAUCCUGCCUUUCCUCCUCAGCUGCGCAAUGCUCCCUGAUAUGUCGCGUGUUUUCAAAGCAUAUCUGAAGGCAUUGCCGCCGAGACAUGGAACAUUUGGAAAAAGGCUCCCUUCGACCAAAAGUUCGACAGUUUCCGCAUCUACCUUAACGCCUCAAUCCAAAGAAAUGGACCGCGCCUUGCGCCUCUUAGAAAAGCUCCGUCAAGAGACCUCAGCCAACAAUUCCAGAGCUCGCGGAGCUAUUUUGAGUACUUGGACUAUAGAUCAAAAGUUCAGACUUUGGAUGGCUGGGCUCUUCUUCUUUGUAGGAUGUGGUCUUCCAUCUGGAAUGUUGUUAUACAUGAUUCCGAGUGUCGUAGUGGGCCGACUACAUACAAGAUGGUUGGACAUGAAGCACCCUAUUCCAAUGAUCAUACAACCUUGUAGAAGGCCGAUGAGGGUGAAGGUUAAGAAGUCGUACUGGAAUUCAUGA